AUGCUGCCGUCCCGCCUGCCGGUGCUGGCAGGGAAGCGAUUGGGCGUGCUGGUGGCAGCGACGGCAGUGCUUUGUGGAGCGAUGGCGUUCCAAGACCUCUACUCCUCCCACCUCACGCACAUUGCGCCGCCCUUCGCCUCGCACCGGGCCACGAGGGACAACGCCAUGGCGCUGCUCGCCCUGCAUCCCUCACCCCACACCGUUGCUGCCAUCUUCCGCGCCUGCUCCUCGCUCUUCCUCGUGCCCCUCACCCACCGCAUUCGGGCAGCUCUUGAGAUCUUUUCUGCCCACGGGCUGCCCGAGUCGCUGUUUCUGAGUCAGGUGUUGCACUUCCUCUUCCUGCACCUCCCUCCCCCCACCGUCGCCAAGCUGCUGCACUCUACUGCCUGCCGUGUCUUCCGCACGCCCCUGCCCUCGCUCCUCCUGCACCUCUCUGCAAUGCACUCUAUUAUCGCCCCCCCUCACUCGCUUCUCUUCCGCUACCCCCUCGCCCUCCGCUUCUCCCCUGAAAUACUUAAACAGAGACUUUCCCGAUUGGCUGAAAUUGUGCCGCUGACAGAAGCGCAGGAGGGGGUGGGAGGUGAAAAGGGAAGUGGAGGAGAAGGAGAGGGGAACGCAAAAUGGAGCGUACGGGGAAGGGUGAGGUUUGACUCUGCCUCGCUUCUUCCAGUCCCUCCUCUCGAUCCUUCCCUUUCGUUUGCAGCGGAUCCAGCGGUGCUCUCCCUCGUGCGCAAGCAACCGCACAUCCUCCACGCCAGAAGGGAAACCAUGCAGGAGGUGGUAACCACACUCACCACUCUCUUUGGCCCACAAGGCACCUCCUACGUGCUCUCCCGUCACCCAGCCCUGCUCACUGUGUCCCCUCGCACAAUAGAAGAUGCCAUGUUCGGACUUAUCGACAUUUUUGGAGAGGAAGUUACCUUAGAUAUGAUACAGCGCGAGCCGGGGAUAAUCCAGGUCCGGCACAGUACACUCCGGCCGAAGAUUGAUUUCGUGCUUGGGGAGAUGAUGCGCAGCAAGGAGGACAUGAGGGUGUGGCCGAACGUGCUGCUGCGCAGCCUGCCGCGCAUGCUGGUGCCGCGGUAUUUCCUGGUGACGAGGAAGGACCGCCAUGCCGCCAGGGUGCUGUCUCUGCCGUGCCUCUUCAGCAACUCUGACGCGCGGUUUAGGCGGAGAUGGGAGGUCAGUGAUGCGGACUGGAGCAAGGCACUUAUGGUGGGAGAAGUGUGGGAAGCCAGGAGGAAGGAGGGUGUGUUGGGUGGUGCAAAUCAGUGA